AGAGAGAGAGAGAGAGAGAGAGAGAGAGAGAGAGGCACUGCGAGCUGCUUACAGCGUACAACUCAUCUUUCCAGUUUUUCCAGGUCGGGGUAAGAAUUAUCGGAAUGCCGUGGUCCGGGGGAGAGCACCCAUUCAUAUCUGGUUCUGCAGUGCCUUGGCACCAACACGGUGCCAGUGUACGUUCGUGUUGGUUGAAUUCACGAGGAAGAAGUUGAUUCGUUUAUUAAGAAGGAGUAAAGAACGGGUAAUGGGGCUUGUUUCGAUUUAAACAACAACAGCACAAAUAAUAAUAAUACAACACAAUUACAAAUAAAAAUGGAUAACCAGAGAGAGGAACGAAUGUCAAUGUCAAUUAAAAACAAAGUGCCGAAACGCAAAGAAAAGCAACACAAAUCCAGGAAGCUGUCAAGAAGGAAAUCACUGAAAUCGGUGGGGAACUUCAUGAACAGGAUCUUGAAAACUUUAAGCACUUUGGCUCACUUUGGAGACCUGAACCCGGCAGAGGCAGAGGACGAUGACGGGGGGUUUCGGGCCAGCACAGCACCUUGCACCUUACCUGCCAACUCGGGACACCUGAAGGAAGAACGCCGGGCUGUUUCAACUGCGGAAAACCCAGUUAAAAAGAGUUUGACGCUGUCAGCCCAGGACUCUAUCAAAGAGAGACUGUCUUGGUGCUUUGGGGAUAGGAUCCCUGGCGUGCUGGGGUUGAAAAACCAUGGCAACACCUGUUUUAUGAACGCAAUCGUCCAGUGCCUGAGCAAUACUGACCUUUUUGCCGAAUAUCUCGGCUUGGAGCACUACAAAGUCGACUUAAGCCAAAGGGAAGUUAAUGGCAUGUUGAAAAACGAUGAUGUACCACAAGUCAAGGGCGAGGUUACGAAACAGUUAGCAUCCUUAAUGAGGGCGCUUUGGACGCUGGACUACACCCCGCAACUUUCCGUGGAAUUCAAGAAUACUGUCUCGAAGUACGGCUCCCAGUUCAGAGGGAACUCCCAGCACGACGCCCUGGAGUUCCUGCUCUGGUUACUGGAUCAGGUCCAUGAAGACGUCAACUCCUCCCCCAGUAACACCAACAAUACCAAAUCCAUUGGGAAGACCCAGUCUGGAGAGGAGACUCCUGGAGGGGGGCAGCCCGCCACGGAGACCCCAGGGAGUCAGAGCUUCGUGCGGGAGCACUUCCAGGCUCAGUACAGGUCGUCACUGACCUGCCCUCACUGCCUUAAACAGAGCAACACCUUUGAUCCUUUCCUGUGUAUCUCCCUGCCCAUCCCCCUGAGGCAGACCAGGCCCCUGUACAUCACCUUGGUCUUCCACACCAAAGGCCAGCGCUACCUGCGUAUCGGCCUGGCUGUCCCUCUCUUUGGCACGGUGGCUUCUCUCCGAGAGAUGGUGUCCAUGGAGGGAAAGAUCACUCCUGAGCAGGUGAUUCUGACAGAGGUCUACUCCACGGGGUUCCAGCGCUCGUUCUUCAAUGAGGAGGAGCUUACCAGCAUCGCUGAGAGUGACAACAUCUACGCGUUCCAGGCACCCCCUGUUAUCAGCAGGGGAGGGUCCGCCCGGGUCUCAGGUUACCAUCACAGCCUGCCCUCAUCCCCUUAUUCCUCCGGUCCUGAAGGGCAAAGAUUACCUCCCACGGGCACUUUAUCCUCGGAGUUCCUGAACCACAGCAGCUCUGGGAAGGUUCUGCUUCUCAUCUGCAACGCGGCAGGGUCGGGAGAGCAAGUGGUCAGGUUCGGCCCCCCUUUCCUCAUGAGAGAAGACAGAGCAAUCUCCUGGGACCAGCUACAGCAAUGCAUACUCAGCAAAAUGUAUUAUCUGAUGAUAAGCAAGGUGCAGACGCAGAAUGUUGGAGUUCUGUUCCGAAUCCGUGUGGUGGGAGGAUCCAUCACUUGCAGCUACCUCUCCCCCCAGGACAGCCGGCCUCUCUACCACCCCGCAGUGGACAGGGCGCUGAGGUUCUGUGGGCCGGGUGGACCCCCGCACGUGAAGCUGGUGAUUGAGUGGGAUCACAAGGCCAAAGAGGGUUUGUUUGGGAACAUCCAGGAGGAGGUGGUGCAGGACGCGGAGAGCGUGCGGGCCCAGCAGCAGCAGCACCAGCAGCAGCACAGCUGCACCCUGGAUGAGUGCUUCCAGCUCUACACCAAAGAGGAGCAGCUUGCCCCGGACGAUGCCUGGAAGUGCCCCCACUGUAAGCAGCUGCAGCAAGGCAUGGUGAAGAUGAGCCUGUGGACCCUGCCUGACAUCCUCAUCCUGCACCUGAAGCGCUUCCGGCAGGUCGGGGAGCGACGCAACAAGCUGUCCUCGCUGGUGCGCUUCCCCCUCACAGGCCUUGACAUGACGCCUCACAUGGUGAAGAGGAGCCACAGCUCCCGGAACCUGCUGAGCCCCUGGCCGUUGUGGACACCGCCCCAGCAGCACCAUGACUUCCUGUACGACCUGUACGCCGUGUGUAAUCAUCACGGGGGCAUGCACGGCGGCCACUACACAGCUUACUGCAGGAACUCCAUGGAUGGCCAGUGGUACAGCUAUGAUGACAGCAGUGUGGAUCUCAUUCCAGAGGAGGAGGUGAGCACCAGAGGAGCCUACAUCCUCUUCUACCAGAAAAGGAACAUCAUUCCACCCUGGUCAGCCAGCAGCUCUGUCAGAGGCUCCACAAGCUCCUCGAUGUCGGAUCACUGGCUGAUUCGCCUGACUGAAGACAGUAUGAGGGGGAGCAUGGUCUCCAGAGCGUCCAUGAACUGCGUCUCCCCGCCAUGCUCCCCCGAAUCACCCGUCUUCCAGGACGAGCCGCUCAAGGAGGAGAGAGGAGGUUUUGACACCAGACCCAUUGUUCGCGGCAUCCAGGGAAGGAGCAUCAGCAUGCGGACGCCGACCAAAACCAAGGAGAGCCUCACCAAAGUGCUGCCCCUGCGCUGGUCCUUCGGAGCCAAGGAGCGACCCAAGCCAGUCCCAGGGGAGCUGGUGGAGUACUUGGAGUCAGGGCGCAGACCCAGAUGCACAAAAGAUUCCAUCGUUCCCCUGAUGACGGUCAGCACUGAAGAGAAUGGUGUGCCGGCAGGGGAACCGCAACAGGCGUCUGUCAGCCCUUCCAGGAUGAGCAUGGGCUGCAUGGGGAGGACCAACGAGGAGACUCUGGACCCCUCAACCAAAGUGCCGGAGGGGCAACAAAGACAGCCGCCCGCCAACGAGAAGACCAGCACCUUGCAGAGGAGCGGCAAGCUAAAGGAAGACAGCACCUUGACGAUGAGAGGGUCAAAAAAGACAGCCAGCAAAGCAGAGUCUGUCGCCAGCUUGUGUCAAGGAAAACCUGAAGACCUCCAGCCUAACGGAGCCAGGAAGAGCUCCAGCGGGGGGUUCCAGUCCCACAGCCGGGAGAACACCCUGAGGAAAAGCAAAGGUCCGCUGGGGAAAAGCGGGGAUCAGGAGCCGCAGUCACUGGAGGAAGGGAGGGGAAGGAAGAGCGAAGACACGAAGUCGAGCGAGGGGAAGUUCUCCAUCUUUAAAAGCAGCUUCCGAAAGAAGGACUCCAAAAAGCCCAGGGAACCCGAGACGUACCGGAGCGCUGAAAUAGUCAACGAGUCAACAAGGACGUCUUUGUCCAACGGGACGCUGAACAGGGCAACGCAGGGCAAGGUCAACGGGGCUCCGGGCAGCAGGUACAAGGAGGAGCUGCCCAACGGCAGGGUCAGCCAGUCAGCUGUGGACAUCAAGCGCUCACAGAGCUCAUCCAACAUACAGAGCAAGGGGGACCUGGCCUUGAGGAGAACUGCCUCUCUGCACAAGAACGGACUGGCCCCCCAGCAGCCCAGGAGCGUGCACGCUGAAAAGCAUGACUACGCCACCUUGCAGAGAACAAGGUACUGCACCACGUCUCUGGGCAGAAAGAAGUCGGUGCCUGAAUCAAGCUUCUGAACCGCAAGACAUGCAAGCAUGUCAGUGUGAAGCAGUAGAACCUGCGCACGUGCACCUUCAAGCUUUUUUAUUAGAGAGGGAUGCACUGUUUCUUUCCAGAGGUAUCAAGGGGACUGCACUUACUGUACAUUAGUAACCUUCUCACCCUCUCUCAAAGAAAAGCAUGUGGGUGCUUUACCAUGACUCCUAAAAGAGUUCAGUGCUCUAGAACACAUCUGCACAGUCGUAAUUGAAAAGAUAAUGGUGAUUGAAUUGACACUUGUUUCACUGUGUUUUGUGGGUAUUAUUACUCUUUAAAUAUCACAGAUAUGUAUCCAGGGAAAACAUGCUGCUGUUGUGGAGUAAGGGAAGUAAGAUCCAGGGGGCGUGAAUGAUCGAGAAGGGAUUUAGAAGGUUCAUUCAUCAUUUUUCCUGGGGGAAAUUAUAAAUUCUUUAAAUAAACUACAUGAAUCUGGAGCAGUGGUAGUUAUUUGGAUUAAUGCUGCGUAGUAUGAGAACUUAUCAUUUCCACAAAUUAGUUUCUUAUUUCCAGUAAUGGAAAAUUUGGUAUCCUUCUGUGAGUUGGGGUUAGGAGCAGAGCUUCACAGUGGAACAGCAUGCAAGUACAUGCUUUCUUGCACAGACAUUGAAGAUUAGGAAAAAGUGGCAGAGAAAAUAUGUGUAAUAGCAAAGGAGAAUUCUAUGCAGAUAUGGAAAUAAAAUAGCAGGAGGGUGUAUAUAAGCAAAUAAUAUUAUUACUUUCAAAUGUAGGGAUUGUCCAUACAGAAAGAAAAAACGAAUGGUUGAACUUUUUGUAAAAUAAAAACAAAUAACUUUGAACGCCUUAUAAAUAAAGUAGGACAUGAAGUUUUGGCAGCUGAGUAUAAGAGGACUACAGUUAAGGCUUCUAAUUAUAUGACUUUGAUUACUGGUAGUGAUAAACUGUUAUAGUACUGGAGACUUCACAGUAUAGGCUGAUUUCAACAGUGCAGUAACACGUUUACAUUCGCAGUUCGACUGUUGAAAUGUCUUGUUUUAUAUUUGUGAAAAGCACACAGACAUUCUCUGGAAUGUGGGGAAAAAACCCCACACACACACUUUAAUAUGCACCGUUUGUUGAAAAUAUUUGAAAUAAAAACAAGAUUUCUUGUCGGCAAACAUGUCACGUUUUCCAAAAUGCAUGUGUCAUACUGUAACCCCACACUGCAAUCCUUAUCAUUGUAACAUCUCUGAAACCCCUAGACAGACUCUUCAGCUGGGUUGAGUGCAAGUUGGGAGACUCUUUGUGUAAUAUGGCACACCUGAGGUAGGGCAAAUCAAGGAGCUUUUUUAAUGAUCUAAACAGUGGCUGAUCUAAACAUCACCGCUCUUUAACUAUGUGUUAAUUUAUUGACCUUCUUAUUAACAUCACUAAAUACAAUCAGGUUUAAAAAUGUUAUGGUGCUAUUAAGAUCCGCCACCAUUUAGAUCAUUAAAAUAGACCCCCACAGUGUUAACCAUGAAAACAGCACAAGGCCCUUCCAGUGCGAGACUGUGGAUUCAGCAGCACAACAUGUAUAUAACACCAGUUUGACGAAUGAACAUUUUGCAAGCAGGCACAAUCACAUAUAUUAGUUUUAUUGAAGCAUUACUCAUGCCAUCUUCAUAAUUGACUUUCCCUACCUUCAGGUUCCCAAGUGGCUUCGAGCAAACAAAGGAAUUAGAGGAUGCGGAACGCAAAAGCGAUUUUUCUCUCUUGUAAACCUUGCAUGGACCGGAGUCGAUUUUUGACUUUUAACCUCUGCACAAGGGAAGAGGAGACUCCCAUUUGAUCUGCUGAUCCGUUACAGGUUCUAUUCAGAGCUUAGCUAAAUUGACGUGUACACUGUGGUUUAGGCUCAAAGUAAAACCUGGAAUGGAUUCAAGAGCAAUGCAAUGGGAGUUAUAUUUGUACAAUAUACCUGCUUGGUAGUUUUUCAUCAUUGGGUCCUAUCCACAAAACUAUAGGAACUGUUCGGAAUGAUUUUAUAAACAUACUCUUAUGACCUUUCUGAAAGUUUCAUUAACUGUAAACUUUUCAUAAAUCAAAAUUCCUCAAAAUAGUAUUCUUAUGAAUAGAUCCCAUUAUUUAUAUUCUGUAUGGCUCUGAAUCUGUUUCUUCAGUCCCAUCCAUGCAGGUUGAUCUACAGUGACAUCCAGCAAUGUAACCUGAAGAAACCCUAGCCAGUAAAGAGUGUGGGUAUUCUGAAGGCUGGCUGACUACCUCAGAUCAUAUUCCUGACUCUAUUAGAUUAGAUUGUUAAAGGUUGCAAUAUGGAAAAUGUCAACCCUGCCUAUUGUCAAUUCUGUUUUGGUUGAAACGUGAUUGAAAUAACACUUUUCACUGAAAUAUAUUGAGAGACAGGAAAAUAUUAUUAAACACCUCAGAAUCUGUGAGCUUAUCAUUCAAUACAUGUUUAUAUAUAUAUAUAUAUA